AUGCCAUUGGAUAAUGAGUCGGUUAAGAAGCGGUUAUCUCAAAUCGAGUUGGAUAUCAAUCAGAUGAAUCAGAUGAUUGAUGAUAACAUCAGUACUAGUCUGAGUAGUAUAUCUUUGAAUGAUGAGAAGAAGAUUGAGAACAAAGUUGAGAACAAAGUUGAGAACAAAGUUGAGAACAAAGUUGAGAACAAAGUUGAGAACAAAGUUGAGAACAAAGUUGAGAACAAAGUUGAGAACAAAGUUGAGAACAAAGUUGAAAACAAAGUCAAGGAUAUUGUUGCUGAUAAAGUCAUUGAUGAUGUAGUUCCUCAUAAUAGUAACAAUGUCAUGACUGAUAAGGUCAUCGAUGCUAUAGAAUCUCAUCAUAAUAAUAAUACUGCUGCUGAUAAAAUCAUCGAUGCUGUAGAGUCUCAUAGUAAUAUUCUUCCUAGUGACCAUAAGAUGACUAAAGAACUUGAACUUGCUCAUACGAUAAUUGAUGCUACACAUAAACAUAAAAGAGUAAGUACAGGCGCAGGUGUCAGUUCACUUCCAGAUGAAUGGAAUACUACCGAUGAAGAGCUUGAAUCUGAGAAAGAAAAUGAUCUUGCAGAUGCCACUGCAGCUAAUGUUAAUAGUGAUGUUGAUAAUUAUAGCACUAUGCUCAACUCAGAACUAAAAAAAACAAACGAAUCAAGGGAUUCAUUGGCUGAUGAUCUCGACCAAUUUCAAGAAGUCUCCACUACAGACAUACAAUUGCAAGAUACCUCUUCUCCAUACCAAGACUCUCCAAUACCAGACCAUAUUCAAAAUACCAAUAUAGAUACAAAUGUAACACCUUCUAAUAUUAUAGAUAAUUCUACAAGAAAGAGUACUACUUCUAGUACCAAUCCAUUUCUUACAACAGAAGAUUUGGAACAGCAUGGGAAUGACACUGAUAUAGAGUUGGAUAUGGAAAACUCUCAAUCGACUGCCGAUAUCUUCCAAGACUCUACCAACAUCAUCGAUGAUUCUUCGAACCAUCUUAAUGCUGAAUUUGAGGAAGAAUUACAAAAUCAAUUACGAUCCGAGAUGAGAGCUGAGACUCAAGAAGAGACUCACAAAGAAAUUAACGAUUCGGUCAUCAUAAAAGAACAACAAUUCAAUGCUAACAUUACUACACCUAAAUAUAUAAAUACUCCAAUUGUUAGAGAUAUCAGCACUGAAGUGUUUGAAACCUUCACGAGCAGCAAUAAGAAUAAUAAUCAUAACAAAAAAGUAAAUGAUGAUGUAAAUAUAUCUUAUGAGGAAUCAUCUAAGAAUUCGCCAAUAGUAUUACCAAAAUCAAAUAACUCAAACACCAUACCCACAGUAAAUUCAAAAGUUCACUCUACUGAUUCGAAUAGUAUUACUAAUCAUAAUGCUACAUCAUCAAAUCAAAAAAUUAAACAUUCGAGUAAACGUACUAAAAAUCCUUUUAGAGUAGUAUCCAUAGGUAACAAUAGUAAUAUAGCCAAGAAAGAUAAAGACGCUGCAAUAGCUACUAAUACAAAGAGAAAUCCAUCAAAUCCUUCAAGACAAUCAUCUAUUGGUAGUAAUGAAAGAAGAAUAUCUUCCAACGGUAGUAAUACCGCAAACUCCAAUAUUAGUGAUCAAAGGAACUCAUAUCCUUCCAUCAAUAAUGACAGAGAUUCUUCUCAAAGUUCUACCCCAUCAGCUACAAUUAAUGACACUUUAGAAAUCUUACAAGGGAAGCAUGAACAAUUGAGUAUUAAAUGUGCUAAGUUAGAUAAGGAAAUAAAAUAUUUAAAUAAAAUGCACGAUCAAAGAACAUUAUCCCCAGAAGAUUCAAGGAAACUAAAAAGUGCAAUUCAGAAAUUACAAGAAUACAAAGAUCAAAAAUUAAAACAAAAAUAUGAUACUGGGAUCUUAAUUAGUAGAAAACUAAGAAAAAAGAUAGACUCAGGCCAAAAUGGGGAAUUCUGGAUAGGUAGGCAUUAG